ACAGAGCCAGUGCGCUAAAAGUAGUUAAUCCUAUAACCGUCGGGCAAGGAUAGCAUAGCAGCUAUCUCGCAAUACUUUGUCUUUUUCUUGGUAAAAAACUUAACGGUGUUUAAUCACUGCCGUGCUAAGCUGUUCUAAUAUGCAUCGACAUACAUUCCCAUGAGUGUUGUAGUGUGAUUACCUCCAUCUGCCGUGGCCUAUAUUGAUGUCGCACGCAACACCUGGUCAAGGUAUAGACUGGCGGCAAGAUCAAAGAGAUCGAUGUAAUUGACGUUGAGGGGGUUCCCAGUGUUAAGUCUCAUACGGUGAAUGGAACUGCUUCACGGAGGACAUGUUUUCUCCAACUUCUUGAAUGGUGCAGACCAUGUAAAAAUGUGUUUUGAUUUCUUUUUCUCGACUGUUAAAAUGAAGAUCAAAAUCUGUCGUGGCGUUCAUAAAUUCAGUUUGUUUUCGUUUCUGCUUUUCUUGUCAACUUUCACACCAGCCAUGUCAGCGAGUGCUACAUCCAGAAAGUUUCCACCACUCUUUAACGCUGCCAAAGGCAGGAAUAUCUGGACAGAACCCUCGGCGAGUACUUGUGGAUUACCUCUGAGAAAUGCCUACUGUCGGAGUUCCACUCUGUCGCAUUCUGUGGAUACUUGCUUGCAGCGUUUCUGUGUUCAAACGUGCACUAGUAGAACGCGACUUCCACCUGCAAUCAAUCUCUUGGAUGCUUUAAGUCCCGGUCUCCCCACCUGUGUUAAUACGGACACUGUGAAUGUAAGACCAAACAGUUCUGUGGAGCAAUAUUCUACAGUGAUUUCUAGCGCGGGAGACAAAUGUUACCUUCUUUCAACAUUCUCACCAAAUAUUGGUAACAGUGGAGCCUUUUCCAUUUCUGUUUGGUGCUGGAUAGAAAACACUAAACCUGGAAUUCUCGUUCAGAAGACGCGGGCUGAUAAUGGUGAUUUAAUACUGGAACUGCUGGCGAGUCCCCAGGGUUUGAUCUUUAACUACAAGUCUGCCAGCAGUUUGUCCUCAGUCACACUUGAUGAGGUCCUUCCUCUCAGACAAUGGAUCCAUUUAGUUCUUCAGGUUUACAACACAUCUGUAAGUUUCUUCAUAAAUGGCACUGGUCCUGGAUUCUCGGCAGCAAGGACAUUUACACUGGUCAGCCAGGUACAGGAUGUGUCAGGUCACUUCCGCAUCGGUCAGAACACUGGUGGUACAUCACAGUUUAUUGGAAAACUUCAAAACUUCCGUUUCUUUUCAUCAGCUCUAACCAACAGAGAAGUUGCACAGGUAUAUUCAGGUGUUUUUCCUGAGGUGAGGAUUCAGUCUGACUGUCGCUGUCCCGAGAGUCACCCCCGCAUCAAGGCUCAGAGCUCGCACUACUGCAUUGCCAACGGCGUGCCAGACAACGCUGGCAGUGACGUGCUGCGGUUCAACAAAGAGUCCCACCCCUUGGAAUACGCCAAUGAUGGUGACAGUAACAGUAUCUGGGUGUCCAAGUUUGUUGACCGACUCAACAUAACCAUUGACCUGGGGGACGAGUUUCAGGUGUUUCUGGUGAUUCUCCAGUUCUAUGGACCCCAGCCUAAAGCUGUGAUAGUUGAGAGGCAGUACCAGGGCUCUAGUACCUGGGAAACAUGGCAGCUGUAUGCUGACGACUGCAAGACUUACUUCAACAUCACCAACAAUGGCCCACUUCCCACACCAUCAUCUUACAACUGUCUCCAGUUCAGAACUCAAAAUGUUCCAUACUCCAAAGGUAACAUCACAUUUAAUCUUCUUGCCCCUGAGCCUGUUGCACGUCCUGGGCACAGUGAUUUCUACAACACACCAGAGCUUUUCCAGUUUGUGAAGGCGACCAAGAUCAGACUCCAGUUCAUUGACCAUUUCUAUGUGAAAAAUGCAAGACAUAAAUACUAUGGACUGUACGAAUAUAUCAUUAGUGGAAGGUGUAACUGUCAUGGACAUGCUAAAGAUUGCCAGAGAGCAGUGUUACCUUACGUGUGUGCUUGUACCCCAGCCAGUCACACACGGGGAAGACUGUGUGAUGAAUGUGAACCUCUGUUCAACAACAAGCCAUUCCGUCGUGGUGACCAAGUCAAGGACUACAACUGUCAGCCCUGUGAAUGCUACGGACACGCAGACAGCUGUGUGUAUGACCCAUCCCUCGACCCAUUCCCUAAAGACUUUGACCGGGGUGGUGGCGGAAAGUGUGUUGACUGCAAGCACAACACGACCGGCCGGUUCUGCGAUGUCUGUGUAGACUUCUUGUACCGACCAGAAGGCCGGAGUUAUCACGCACUCGAUGUUUGUCUCCCUUGUCAUUGUAAUGAUGCUGGUGUCAAGGGCAAUGACAUGAAUUGUAAUAAGGAGGGAGGCCAGUGUAGUUGUAAGGUGUUGGCUGCAGGUCGACGUUGUGACAGCUGUAGAACGGGCUACUACAACCUGACGUCCACCAACCCAGUCGGGUGUGACUCCUGUCUCUGUCACACCCCGGGGACCGAGGGAUCCAAUGUGUCGUGUGAUCUCAAAACGGGGCAAUGCAAAUGCAAGAAAAAUGUCAGAGGUAUUCGAUGCAAGUUCUGUGGUUAUGGGUUUUACCACCUAGACUCAACAAAUCCACUAGGCUGUACUCCCUGCGACUGCGACCCUAUUGGAUCCACCGGCAUGUUCUGUGACCCUAAGACUGGUGAAUGUAACUGCAAAGACAACGUCUUCAGCCAGAAAUGCAACCAAUGCAGGGACAAGUUCUACAACUUCAGUGCUGGCUGUCUAGCAUGUCCAUGUUCUGCAGCCGGCACGGAACCCAACACUGUGUGUAACAAAGAAACAGGACAGUGUUUCUGCAAAGCCAACACCGAGGGCAUCAACUGUGACCAGUGCAAAAAUGGGUCCUACAGCUUGGGAAGCUCUCCGGAAUUCGGCUGCGAGAAAUGCAUCUGUGAUCCAAGAGGAACACUCAGUGAUGUGGCUCGCUGUAACAAAAUGACCGGGAGCUGUCUGUGUAAGAAUCAGGUCAGGGGCCGGAGGUGCAACCAGUGCAAGCAGGAUUCCUGGGGUCUGGACGCCAACAAUCCUCUUGGAUGUAAGCUGUGUAAUUGCAGUCUGUCUGGAACCGUUUCCAGUAAAGGUGCCAAUGAGCCGUCCUGUAACCAGAACACCGGUGAAUGUGCCUGUCUGUCCAAUAGGAUUAGCAGGGACUGCAGUGAUUGUGAAGCAGGAUUUUACAUAUCACUUGAGGGUGGCUGUAAACCAUGUGAUUGUCACCCAGAAGGGACUUUGCCUGGAACUUCUUGUAACUCUCUCACUGGGCAAUGUGAAUGCAGGGGAGGUAACUCUGGUGUGACAGGACGUGGAUGUUCGGAAUGUUUGCCUGCGUAUUACAACUUUGACAGCAGAACAGGAUUAUGCACACCAUGCCAGUGCAAUGAGGCUGGAAGUUUGAACAACACGUGUAGCCCAAUAACUGGCAUGUGUUUCUGUAAGCAGUUUGUCAUAGGAAAACAGUGCAACAUGUGUGUGAAUGGGUCCAGUAGUCUGGACGCCAACAACCCUUUUGGAUGCAGCAAAGCCCCUGCCCAGCAGCCUCCACCAACUCACAUUCCACUGUCUUCCACAUCGAUUGCUCUGUCCUGGGGUCCACCUGAUUAUCCCAAUGGAAUCAUCAAGCAGUAUAACAUUGUCAGAAAUGGAACAAUUCUAACACACCUGGACAAUUUUAUGUUUAAUUACAAUGACACCAACCUAAAGCCCUACACAUUAUAUGCAUACAGCGUUGAAGCGGUGAACUCGUUUGGAACAACACGCAGCACGACCGUCAUAUUCCGCACUCUGGCCGGCAAACCCAGCAGUGACGCUAUGCUGUCCAUCUCGGACAUCCGGUCCCACUCCGCCCUGUUCUCCUGGACCCCUCCCUCCAACAUGCAUGGACCCCUGGAGAAGUUCACCCUCUUCUCACGGACUCCCAGCAGUCCGGAUGCUGACCUGGUCCACUGGGAGGGAAAGCAACAGAGGGUCAAUCUAACAGAUCUGAUCCCGUUCACCAACUACAGCUUCACGGUGCAGACGUGCACGUCUGGAGGUUGUUCUCUGAGUAAUGUGGUGAUGCUCACGACCUUGUCGUCGGUUCCUGAAGGUCAACAGGCUCCAGUUAUUACUCCUGUUGGGAGCACGAAGCUCUUUAUAAAAUGGGAUCAUCCAAAAUAUCCAAAUGGAAUCAUUAUAAUCUAUGAACUAUGGAUGCAGGGACUGCCAGAUUCUAAUGGUAUAAGGAAACCUAUUCUCAAGAGAAUCUUUUUUUCAAGUGGUCAGUACAACCCGCGUCCAGUAACCAACCCCCAGGAGAACGCUCUGUCUCCUCCCAUCACCAAUUUCACAGUGAUGGGACUGGAACCUUUCACACAGUAUGAGUUUCAGGUGCUGGCACAGAAUGAUGCUGGAAAGGCAGCUAGUCCAUGGACUCCCGGACGAACAGGAGAGGCAGCUCCUCUGUCAGCCCCUCCUCCAACCAUUGUGGGCAUCAGCAGUACUGAACUGAUGAUCAAGUGGCAGGCUCCGAAACCAGACGAAUCCCGCGGCAGUAUAACUAGCUACAAACUGUACCAGCUUAAGAUGCGUGAUGCACUGGACACAUUCGCUCCUCCUUCAUCAUGGAAGCUGAUAUUUGAAAAUCCAAGUGAAGUGUUUUCAUUCAGUGUGUCGGGUUUGAGGCCGUAUUCUGAGCACACGUUCAAGAUUGAGGCAUGUAACAGCAUUGGCUGCAUCAACAGCACCACAGCUUCAGGACGGACCCUACUGGCAGCUCCUGAAGGUGUACGAAAGCCAUUUGUUGAUGGAUAUAACUCGAGCGUCAUGAAAAUCAUUUGGAAGCCACCACUCUUUGCAAAUGGCCCACCUCCACAGUACACAGUUGACAAAACACUGAUUGCUUUGAGUUAUCCCCCGGUGGUCGUCAGGGGAACACGAUUUCCUGGAAGUGGAUAUUAUAAGUUUUCCUCCGAUGUUAUUCCACAGAAUGUCGCAUUUACAGGAGUGCGUUUUAAGUUUAGAAUGAAGAAGGAGGAUAACCUGCGAAUGAUGUUUUAUACAUCGUCGCCCAACCAGGAUGAGUUUGUGGCCAUUCAGUUUCAGAAUGGUCGACCGCGCUGGAUGUUUGACACUCAGAGCUGUUUAACAGUCAUUGACCUUAACGAGACCAUGUUAAUGGAAAAUAAUCACUCGUUAACUGAUGGGGAAUAUCAUUUUGCUGAAGCAAGGCGCAGUGGCCCAACAGGUCGCCUAAUCGUUGAUAACCAGUAUGAAGGAACGAACAGUCUAAGAGACAAGAACUGUAAGGAUGCGACUAUAAUUGGUCAAACAACAGGAGUGUACAUUGGUGGACUGCCAGCUAAUUUUAAAAUCAGGCAGCGCAAGGAAAGAAGAGCAAAGAUAACCCGAACCGGUUUCCAGGGCUGUAUUUCCGACAUCGAGCUCUUGCAGCAAGAAACUCCGGUGGAGGUGUGGAAGAAACUUGACUGGAACGAUGCUCAGUCCUACGACCUGGCCUUCCUCAACUGGGAAGGCUGUCCAGUCAACUUGGACGUGGGAAUUCAUUUCAUGGGAAAAGGAUUUGCAAGAUUGCCCUUUGACAACCAGCGUCAUCUUGGAGGAGAUCAGAUCGACAUCUCGCUGUCAUUCCGAACAGCAAGCCACACAGGAUUGCUUUUCUUUUCUCACGGUGGGACAGGCAUCUACGUGUAUGGGGCGCUCAUCAAGGGAGUUCUGCGGUUUGAAGUCAGCAACAGACUGAAAACGGAGAGCUUCAUCCACGACAAUCCGGAUGUUAACUUCUGUGAUGGGAUGUGGCACACUGUCUUCUUCCAUAAGACUGGUCACCAAGGCAACAUUACAGUCCUCGAUGGAGGGUCGCCAAUGAUUCAAGGGGAUCCAGAAGAGUCUUUUGACAUCCCCACCGUCUCGGAUAUAUCAGUUGGAGGAAUAGAUCCCAAAUCAGAAGCAGCUACAUUUAUUAAGACAAACAACUUUUCUCUUCCCAUUGAAGGUUUUGGUGGUUGCAUCAAUAAGUUUUUUGUUCAUGGGGGAGACUUUGCCUUCCUCGACGAGGCGCUGGCUCAUGCGAACCUCAACAUGGAUGGCUGCCCUCCGGUGCACAGCCUGAACAAGCCGUGUGAGGAGAAACUGGUGGUGAAGGUGUACGAGGGAACUAACACAACCACGUACGAUGUGGGACUGCAGCCUUACACAGAUUAUAUCUACCGUGUGACAGCAUCCAAUGAUGCAGGAUCUGUCAGUGGACCAUGGGGAUAUGGAAGAACAAGAGAAGGAGCUCCAGUUGGUGUUCAGCCUCCAGACAUGGUGCGUGCUCUGACUGGCUACAUGUUCACAGCGAACUGGCCCAAACCAGACAGCACCUCCGGACUUCUCACGAAAUACAUCCUUACAGCAUACAACGUGGAUAACCCAGAGAUCGAUCCAAUCGUGGAGGAAUACACAGACGCUGACACUACUAGCUCCAAUGUGACGGGCACGAUUCCCUACACAAACUACCUUUUGAAGAUAUCUGCAUGUACGUCAGGAGGCUGUACAGAAAGUGAGAAGGGAACACCACUUCUCACACUGGAAGAAGCUCCAGAAAAUGUUCCACCUCCCACAGCCAAAGCUGGACCGACCUUUCUGGAAGUUAGCUGGAAGGAUCCUGCUAAACCAAACGGAAAGAUUACUGGCUAUUAUCUCUUCUGGAACUCAAAACAAGUUUAUGCUGGUGGCUUAAGAACAUUUAACAUCACUAAUCUAAGAGUGUACACAGCCUACCAGUUGUUUGUGAAGACCUGUACCCAGGCUGGGUGUGCAGAAAGUCCAUCUGUAGCUCUGAGCACUGCACAGCUGCAGCCCUCAUCUGUUGACAAGCCAAACGUCCAGGCUCUUGGAUCGAAACGUGUAGAGGUUCGUUGGACUGAGCCAGAUCAUUUGAAUGGAGUGCUGGAGAGAUACAUCCUGUACCUGUCUCGAGCUGAAAACAUGACAGGGAGUGUCGUCUACAACAACUCAGACUUCUUCCUCAGCUACAUCAUCACAAAACUGACUGCAGGAACCACGUACUAUAUCAGGCUGGCUGCUUGUACUGGUGGUGGGUGUAUGACCAGUGAUCCCAGCAAUGUGACAACAGAUGAAGGAGCACCCGAGGGGGUGCCAGACCCCAUCAUCACAUCUCCAAGUCCAUCGGAGCUGAUGGUGGUCUGGGGGGAACCCACGGCUCCAAAUGGAAUGGUUGUUCGCUAUGACUUGUAUCAGAAUGGUAUCAUCGUCUCGAACAGUCUUGUUAGACAGUACAGAGUGGACAGCCUUGAGCCUUACAGCCUGCACAUAUUCCGAGUGGCUGCAUGCACCAUCCAGGGUUGUGGCUUCAGCAACCAGGUGGAGGCUCACACGAUGGAAUUCCCACCCAGAGGCAUCGUGGUUCUCAGUGUCACAGUGAAAACUCCAAGAUCUGUCAAUGCCUCCUGGACUGCUCCAGACAAACCAAAUGGAAAACUUUAUUAUGAUGUGUACUUUGAUGGGAUCUUCUACAAAAAUCCAGACCAGUGGGACUACACGACAGUGAGAGAGAGGCGGAGUCUGUAUCACGACAUCGUUGUCUACCAGAUGGUGACAAUCGGCGGUCUGGUUCCCUUCUCUCAGUACAGCGUCCAGGUGAACGCCUCCAACACAAAGGGCUUUAUUCUCGGCAGCAUGCAGACAAUACGCAUGCCUCCUGGAACCCCUGACGGUGUUCGACCUCCCAGCCUGGUGUCUGAAACAUCGUCAUCCAUCAAGGCAACAUGGCUUCCAGUUGGACGGAUAAACUCCAAUGAGGAGGUGUCAUACUAUCUGCAGUUCAGAGAAAAGAAAGAAGAUGCUGUUAUACAAGAUGUUUUUGGACCAACCACAACAUUCUCGUAUGUGAAGGAGAAUCUGCUACCAUUCACAGUGUAUGAGUUCCGUUUACAGGCGAAGACCAGUGAGGGAACAACCUCAUCAGACUGGGUCUCACAAGUCACCAGACAGGACAAGCCAACUGGCUUUGACCCACCAACAAUAACAGCUGUACAAGCUCGAUACAUCAGCCUGGACUGGAGUCCACCUGUCAACCCCAAUGGCAUCAUCAAGGAAUAUAACAUCUUUCAGAAUGGUGAUCGAAGGACAACUGUUCCAGGCAAUAUCACAGUGUUUCAGGCUGACGGCCUGACUCCAUUCACGUUCUAUUCUUUCAUUGUUGAGGUGUGCACCCUGGCUGGCUGUACUAUUAGUGGUGAAUCAAGCAGAGUCCGCACCUUAGAAGCAGCACCUGAUGGUAUAGCAGCGCCAGUUCUGAAGUCACCCACUCCAGCCUCGGUUGAAGUCAGGUGGUCUAAACCAGCCAAUCCAAACGGUCUUUUAACUGGGUACUCAUUGGAGCGGAAGAUUACCAACACGGAUAAUGUCGAACUUGUGGCAUCAUUUCCAGCAACAGCGGAACUAGCAUACAUUGAUGAAUCAGCCGCACUGUCUCCGUUUACAAAGUACGAUUAUCGUAUUAGAGUUACCAACACCGCCGGGACUGGUGCAGGAGCCUGGGGAUCGGUCACCACUAUGUCAUCACGUCCAGCUGGAGUCUUGCCCCCUAAUGUGAAUAUCUUGGGUCCAACAUCGAUGCGUGUUUCCUGGAAACCUCCCAUACAGCCAAACGGCGUUCUCGAGUCGUACAUCAUCAGACUACCAGAGCCACAGAUAGAGAUACGAAACACGACCACACUGACGGUUGAUGUAACCAAUCUCAUACCAUUCACCAAAUAUGCUGUCACUGUCACCGCUUGUACAUCUGGUGGAUGUACAGAGAGUGUGCCUUUCCAAGUGAGGACGGAUGCAAGCAUCCCAGUGGGUCAGGACCCACCGACCCCGACUGCGAUAUCCCAGUCAAUGAUCUCCGUCUUGUGGCAGAGACCCAAACAACCAGGAGGCCCCUCGGUCAGUUUUGAACUCUCCAGACAAAAAGUGAGACAGCCUCUUGACGGAUCUGUUUCGGACCUGUUGGAAUGGCAGAGUGUGUAUUCUGGGACAGCCUUCUUCUACGAGGACCGUGGGUUGCCCAUGUUUACAACUUACAUCUACCGAGUCACUGUCUUCAAUCAGAUCGGUCAGAUCACCAGUCAGCCCUCCAAGGAAGUGACCACAUUUGGGGGAUUACCACGGCGACCACCCAACAUCACUGUCUCAACUGUUAGUCAUUUGACCCUGCGUGUGGAAUGGACUCUUCCACCUCCAGUGGAACUCCAGGGAGAGGUUCAGAAUCUUACCGUGGAUGCUAGAAGUAAGGGUCAGGUCAUCUCAAAGGAAGCGGACCCAUCAAGUACAAGCCUGGAACUGCACGACUUGGUUCCAAAUGUCAACUACACCAUCAAGCUCACUGUGACUAUAUUUGGUGGAGCCAGUAUUACCAGCAAGCCUGUUGUAGGCAGAACUUCAGAUGGAGCACCAGUUGGUCUAGCUCCACCCAUUCUGACAGUGAUCAGUGAUACGUCUCUGAGAGUUGCCUGGACCGCCCCACAGAAUCCCAAUGGUGAAAUACAGAACUACACCGUCUAUGUGGACAAGGAACAAAUACCAACCAAUCAAACAACGCCAGGAUCCAUGAUUCUUACUGGCCUAGAGCCUUAUACUGUUUAUAACAUUUACGUUGAAGCCUGUACAGUGUUUGCAUGCACCAAGAGUAAAGUUGCCCCGGGGACUACCUCUGAGGCAGUACCUCGGGGAGUGUUUCCUCCUACUCUGUCACCUGUUAAUUCUACAACAAUACUGGUGCAGUGGAAACUUCCAGAACACCCGAAUGGGAUCAUCAUGAGAUACGACAUCAGAAGGAUGAAUUUGAAAGAUUGUAACAAUGAAUCUAAUACAUCACCGAGCCCAGAACAGUUGAAGUGCACGUACAUCGAGUGUGGACCACUGCAGGGUCUGUGUGGAACAACAUGUUUCUCAGGAGCCAGGAUCUGCUGUGACGAUGUCAUCCAUGACAUAAAGGCUGGGUUCGCGUGCUGUGGGAGUCGCUAUGAUCUGAAACCAUCGGAUGAUGCUGUCUGCUGUGGUGGAAAAUUCUUCUCUCCCAUACGCAACUAUCAGUGCUGUGGAACCAGAUAUGUUGAAGUUCGAAGUGGAGAAAUAUGUUGUCCUGACUCUGUGGAAGAUCGCAUCUCCAUUGGUUAUGGUGACACAUGCUGUGAGGUUAUUCCUUUCUCCUCCCUUGGGUCACAGUUAUGUUGUGCAGGGAAGUUGUCGAUGCGGUUUGGUCAGCAGUGUUGUGGCCGACAGGUUGUGAAGGACACGGCUGUGUGUUGUGGUGGAGGAAGUGUCGGGGAGGCCUACAUACAGCAGAUUGGUCGAGUGUGCUGUGGAUCUCAGUAUGUCGACAACAAGACCUCUCUGUGUUGUGUCAGUGACACUGGUCAUACCAAGGUUCAUUACUAUUCCAGUGAAACAGACAGGUCAUCUGCUAAUGAGCAGUGUUGUGGUUUAGAGAAGGUCUCUCAGGGACUCAGUUGUUGUAAUUACGUUGGCUACAAUUCAGACACUCAGGUGUGUGCUGACCGGUCCGUGACAAUGUCAGGUUGUGGUAGCGGUGUGGUCUGCCAGAAGCAUCAAGCAGCCAGUGCGUUCUGCAAUCGCUGUGACUUCAACACGUCGGCACACAGCUGCACGGCGGUGACGGGCUACAUUGAGAAGACAUCGCCUACAUCACCCCCCACCACUUGCUUCUCAGAUGUCAAAACGGUUUACUCUGGUCUGGAGAUGUCUUACACAGAUAGCAGUCUAUCUCCACACUCGAGGUACAAGUACUCCGUGUCCGUUGUAAACAGUGCGGGUGUGAUGACGAGUGACUUCAUCGAGGUGACCUCUCUACAGGCCGCUCCACAGGACGUCAGACCGCCAGUGACCAGGGUCCAGCCAGAUAUGUUAUACAAGAUAUACCUUACAUGGGAUCCACCGGGAAAACCUAAUGGGGAGAUAACUCAAUAUGUGCUGAAGAGGGACACCAUUGAGCUGUACCGGGGGCUGAAGACCGAGUUUACUGAUGAUUCAGCUAUUGUCCCAUACCGUACCUACUCCUAUAUACUGACUGCUUGCACUAGUGUUGGAUGUACAGACAGCAAUGUUGUUAGUGUUGCAACAGCUCAAGCCCCACCAGAGCAAGUUGUUUCUCCAACAGUCAAUGUGAUAACUUCCUCCAUGUUGCAAAUUAAGUGGAGACCCCCAGGAAAGCCUAAUGGGGUUAUCAUCAUGUACAGGAUAAUCUUCCUGGAUAUUGACAAUUUCUACAACAAGACUGAAGAUGAACGCAUGCUUAUUGUUACUAACGUGACUCCGUACACAAAGUACCGAGUGCUUCUGGAAGCGUGCACUUCAGCUGGUUGUACUCGGAGUGAUACUGUCACCGUGACAACACUCGAAGAUGUUCCUCAAGGACUCCAAACUCCAAGAAUUGUUGUGUUGAACUCUUCCAGCAUUCAGCUCUACUGGAAGGAACCUGCCACACCAAAUGGAAUCAUCGUAUACUACCAAGCUACAAGACAUGAGACUAUAGGUGGUACCAUCAUCUACAAUGGCCUUGGCCUGACAGCUGUAGACACAGGCCUGAGUCCAGGCACAACAUACCAGUACUCCAUACUGGCUGCGACGGGUGCAGGGAACACAACCAGCGGUUCCGUGGUGGUCACCAUGCCUCAGCAGACACCCAUUGACAUCCCUCCACCAGUAGUGAAGGUUCUCAGUGCCACAGACAUCUCGGUUUCCUGGCAACCAGUCACUGUUCCUGUCGCUGCCGUGGACCAGUACAAAGUCUUGUUAAAUGUCGGUCUAGAAACGGAGGUGGAAGAGGCAGUUGGACUGCUCACUGCAGUCAGUGUGUCAAAUCUGCUUCCAUUCACAGACUACGAAGUGAGGCUGCAGGUGUGUAUCAAGGACAUUGUGAAUGGUUGUGGCACCAGUGCUGCAGUAAAAGUCAAGACACAGGAAGCCCCUCCUGAGAAUCAAGACCCACCAGAUGUGGUUGCUAAAGCAUCAAAUGCUGUGGAUAUUUCCUGGAAACCUCCAAGAAAGCCCAAUGGGGUGAUCAAAAUGUACAGGAUUUAUCAGAGAGCGUACAACCAAGGUAUAGAACUGAUCAUCAAUCAAGUUGACGGAAGCAUUCUUCAUUUCACUCACGCUGGGAAAGAUGUCAAGCCCUUCACUUUGUACGAGUAUAGAAUAAGAGCUUUGAACUCCAAGGGUCAGACUAACAGUGACUGGUCGAGGGUAAGAACUCUGGAAGCUGUUCCAGAAGACAUUGGUGAACCGGUUGUGAAUGCCACAGGUUCUGUUGGGGUAUCUAUUACGUGGAAACCACCGAGGAGACCCAAUGGAAGGAUUAAUCUGUACAAGGUUCAUUACAGAGCUGUGUCUGUUGAUCCCACCACACAGAACUCCAUUCAGUCUGUGUACGUGAAUGGAAAUGUGACAGCCACUUCUAUCAGUGGAUUGUUACCAAACUGGCAGUACGAGAUCCUGCUGGAGGCUGAAAACAGUGUUGGAAGUGUGAACAGCUCAUGGGUCAGGAUUACUACUAACGAGGCUUCACCAGCAGGCUUGGGCAAAUUCCAGGUUGAGAAAAUUACAUCAGGUUAUGCCGUGGUUCUGAGAUGGGAUGUCCCAGCUCUGCCUAAUGGUGUUAUCACUACUUACCGGAUUUAUGAAGCUGGAUCUGAAGUGCCGAUAUAUCAAGGACUGAACCGUGUUUUCGAGUUCCGACGACUCUUUCCUUACACUGAGUACACUGUCCAGCUGGAGGCGUGUACCAAUGCUGGGUGUACUCUAGGAGUAGGCCACAAAUUUACCACAGCAGAAAUUCCCCCAACAUCCCAACCUAGUCCAUCAAUUGCAAAUGUUAAGGCUUCUGAAGUAGCUCUUUCAUGGUCAAAACCAGCUAAUCCUAAUGGAAAGAUACUGUCAUAUGAGAUACUGCGGAGGACUAACAUAAAAAGACGAAAGAGAGAUCUGUCUCAGCCUGUUGUGAUAUACAAAACAAAUAACACUGAUGCUGAACAGAACAGCUAUGUGGAUAACACUGUAGAGCCACACAAGGAGUACCACUACAGAGUGAGGACCACCAACUCUAAAGGCACCACAGACAGUCCUUGGCAAGUCGUGUUCACCAAUCAGGCAGCACCACAAGGAGUGGAAGCUCCUGUCGUCUCCUACAUACCCGAGAAUCCCAACACACUGAAGGUCACGUGGACGGCUCCUACAAAACCUAAUGGGAUUAUUCAGAGUUAUCAGAUACAGAGAAACGGCAGUGCUUCCUUGAGCUUCUUACCAGAUGUUGCUUUUGAAUACAAUGACACUGGACUCGAGGCAUUUACCUGGUACUCGUACACACUGACAGUGUGUUCAGGUGGUGGCUGCACGACCAGUCUGCCCACCUUGAUACAGACUAACGAGGCAGCUCCUCUUCAGGUGCUGGCACCAGUGGUCACUUCGGUCAGUUCCACAGCAAUCAGGGCCAAAUGGACCAAGCCGCGGAUAACCAAUGGGGAGAUAUCUCUGUAUCAGUUGAAAAUGGAUGGUGUGGUGGUGUAUGAAGGCCUCGUGAUGGAGUUCAUUGUCGGUAAGCUCACACCAUACAGAGAAUACACAUUCACACUCAAGGCCUGCACCAGUGGUGGAUGUUCUGAAAGCGGAGAGGUCGUAGGUCGGCCUUUUGAUGCUCCUCCUACAGACAUGGCGCCACCCAUCCUGCGAGUAAUGAGCUCAACAUCCAUUGAGAUCUCUUGGGACUUGCCAGUGAAUCCAAAUGGUGUGAUAACAUCCUAUGAUGUCCGAAGAGAUGGCAGGUUGAUCUACACUAACAGCCUCAGCUCUUCUGGCCGUCUUUCACAAACCUACACCGACUACAGUCUAGAACCAGGGGAGGAAUAUUCUUACACUGUGCUCGCGAGGAACAGGAAGGGAUCUAUAGAGAGUCCAUCUUCCAAAGCACAGACAUAUUCAUCUUCUCCUUCUGGCAUGGAUCCUCCUUCUCUGCUACCGGCCACCUCUACAUCCAUCCUGGUCACGUGGAAACCUCCCAUCCAACCAAACGGAGACAUCAUUAGGUAUAACCUGUACAGAGGGAAUGACAAGGUGUACACAGGGAAACCGGAUCAGCUAAGCUAUACUGUGCCUGGUCUGCAGUAUUUUACAGAGUACACAUUCCGCGUGGAGGCGUGCACUGUGCGGGGUUGUGGGCUCAGUGAACCGGCCUCAGUGAAGACGCUAGAGGCCAGACCAGAGGAACAGAGACCGCCAACUCUUCUACCACUAGGUAAUGAAAACGGAGCUCACAAUGGCGUGCUGGUCUCCUGGGAUCCUCCUCUCAAACCCAACGGACAAAUAACAAAGUAUGAGAUUAGACGACAGCUUAUCAUUGUCAAACAAGCAGGUACAAUAUAUGGAGAUACGAUUCUGGCAUACAACGGAACUGAGUUCAAGUUUACUGACCAAGACUCACGGGUCGAACCGUUCCAGAGCUACCGGUACAUGGUGACGGCUCACAACAGUGUUGGGAAGGCUGACAGCACCUGGACUGUUGUGAAGACCAAGGAAGCGGCUCCCACUGCAGUCUCUUCUCCACUUGUUGAUAGUGUCACAGCCACCACGAUUACAGUGAACAUCACAGCACCUCUUGAACCAAACGGAGUGAUACGUCAUUACAACAUUUUAGUCAACAGAUCUGUGGCAACCUCUGACACAGCUCUUCAUCAGAUAGUAGGAAUUCUACAACCUCUGAAGCCUUUCACAGUAUACCUGCUGCAAGUGAGGGCCUGCACUGGUGGAGGGUGCACUGACAGCAGGAGUAGUACGGUCAUCACAGGGAUGGCCAAACCCACAGGUCUGGCACCACUGGUGGUUACUGAUGUGACAAACAACAGUACUGCUCUCUCAUGGAAAUAUCCUGUGAACAGUAAUGGCAUCAUCAAACGGUUUUGGGUGUAUCAGCGAAGAGCUUGUCCACCGACUGCCCAGCCCUUCGAGGAGUCGUGUGUUCCCAGUGAUCCUGUUAAAGUGUACGAGGGGCUCGAGCUGACCACAUCUGUCAGUGAUCUCUCGCCAUAUGUCGCGUACGAGUUCCAGCUACAGACGGAAAACAAUGCUGGAGUGGUCGACUUUCCUACAUGGGUCCGGGCAGAAACUACUGCUGCAGUGCCUGUAUAUACUGCUUUUCCAAGGCUCUCUAAGGAUGGAACCAAAGCUGUGAUUGACUGGACAAAAUCAUUUCUACUGAAUGGCCGCCUUCGAGAAUAUAUCCUGGUCGCUGAUGGGAAAGUGGUUUUCCGAGGAAUCACAACAUCACAUGGUGUUGAACGGGAAACAAAGACACAAGUUAUCAACUUUGUGGUGCAGCUCAUCACUUACUCAGGAGAAGCGGAAACACCAGUUGUGACCUUUGACCCACAAGCCAGUGGAAAUAUUGGUACAACUCCAACGCCUGUUGGUACAACAGACAAACAGACUGGAGAAAAACAAUUCUAUGAAGAAGUGUGGUUCAUAAUUCUCCUCUGUCUUGUGGGGCUCCUCAUUAUUUUCUGCCUUGCUGCAUUUUGUCUCUGGCGAAUUGGUGGGCGGCAGCCGUAUAUCCGAGAGAGGGCGCCACUGCAGACUCAUGUCAAACCACCAGGGUCCAAACAAUUCUACGUUAUUGAUGCAUCUGAUGGCAGCGUAAUUGAUACGGAGCUGAUGCAUGAGAGACACAUGCCUACGUACAACGGCCCCGGGAUGGGUGUCAUCAAUCCAGCCUUCAUCAAUGGAACCACACCUCGUGAAUUCUCCCUAGACAAGUACUCGGAAAAGUUUGACGAUAUGGAAGAGGAAGAGGAUGAUGAAUUCUGGGAGAAAAAUUUUGACAGUGGUCUAUAUGAUGAUGAUCUGGACAGCCUGAGUGAACCAGCAUACAGCUACACUAGAGAACAAACUGUUUUUACAGACACUCAUUUAUGAUCAACAAUAGAACAGUGUUAUAUUAUUCCUUAUUGGGAGUUUCACACCUCGUCUUCAUUUUCAUACAUACAUGUAUACGUCUAUUUUGAACUGUUUUGGAGUAUGUAUAAUAAUGAUUGUACACAAUUAAAAGGGACACAAUUUAUGACCAUAACUAUGUCAUUUUUUAAAUAUGGACUUUUUACCAUUAAUUAAUUAAAUUUGUAAUUAAGUCUACUUUACCAGGUAUGAACUAGGUCAUUAUUUGUGGUAUUAUCAUUUUAUUUUUCAAGAAAGUAACUAUUCAUUUUUCAUAUCCAGAAACAAAAUUAUCUUUCUGUUGCUUUGACAGUAAUCAGUGACAUGAUUUAAAUGCUUAGUUUUUAGGAAAGGGAUUGUGCAAUAAAAUUACAAAAUAAUUUAUUUUCACUUUGUAAAUAGACAAGAAAUACUGACAAGUACUAUUCAGAACUAUCACUCUUUUGUAUUAAGAGUAUUAAUUUUAUGAAAUUCACAACUUGUGGGUCAAACAAAACAAUUAUGUUUGUACCUUUUUUAUAUUUUAAGGUACUUUUCAAGGAUAUACUUGAAAAAAAUAAUGCAAAAAUGUUUGAAUAUUUAGUAUUUUUAAAGUUUGUUUCAGUAUAUAUAUAUAUAUAUAUAUAUAUAUAUAUGGAUCACUGAUGAUGUGUUAUAUGUUCUAUCGUAGUAUUCUCAUUUUUGUCGUUUAUUGAUCUGUGGAUACCAACCAUGCAUCAUGGUAUUUGAUCUCAUUUUGUAUGCACUUAUGUUUCUGUGUGUGUGUAUGUGCUGUAUAUAAUAUAUUUAAUAUACGCGUGUGUAUAUAAAAUGUAACUAUGUUUCUAUGCAAUCACAUCAAGGCUAUUCUUGCACUAACUAUGCAAUUCUAGUUUGUCCAGUGAAUACAAUUAUAAAAACAACACAUCACUUUGUACAGAUUUAAAAUAAAAACUUUUAAUAUCAAA